GCUCUUUAUCAGCAUACCUCUUCAAAAUCUUUCCAUUGCCGACGCAAAAUAUAGUUCAAUCUUCGCCGAGAAGGUUGACUGUGAAAUCUCGGGCUCCUCUUGUGGGAUUAAAAGAUGCCAUUGAAGGCCGUUGCUGGGUCUGCAACGACGGCCGAGAGUGCCAAGACUCGUCACUCUGGUGAAUCGAAGGGGUUUGUGGAGGAGAUGAGGUUUGCGUCAAUGAAAUUGCAUACGAAGGAGCAGUCUAAGGAGGGAGAGAAGCGUGCCAGUCAGCCUGAGGAGGGAUCAGUGGUCAAGUGGGAACCCACAAUUGAGGGGUACUUGAGGUUUCUUGUGGAUAGCAAAGUGGUUUAUGAUACACUGGAGAAGAUCGUCGCUAAUGCUGCUUUUCCUGCUUAUGCUGAAUUCAGAAAUACAGGAUUGGAAAGGUCUGCAAACUUGGCAAAAGAUCUGGAAUGGUUCAGGGAUCAAGGUCAUACCAUUCCGGAGCCUUCUUCACCUGGUCUGACCUAUGCACAGUAUCUUACGGAUUCAUCCGCAAAGGAUCCCCAGGCCUUUAUUUGCCACUUCUACAACAUAUACUUUGCCCAUUCUGCUGGUGGUAGGAUGAUCGGGAAGAAGGUAGCUGAGAAGAUACUAAACAACAAAGUGUUGGAGUUCUAUAAAUGGGAGGGCCAACUUUCCCAACUGUUACGAAAUGUGAGGGAGAAGUUGAAUAAAGUUACAGAAGGAUGGACCCGAGAAGAAAAGAAUCAUUGUUUGGAAGAAACUGAGAAAUCAUUCAAGCUUUCAGGCGAAGUUCUGCGUCUGAUAUUAGUAUCAUGAUGAUAUUUCUCUAUUUGCUAUUUGUGUAAUUAUUGUGUAAAUAAUGGCAAAACCUUGGAACAUUGUGGGACAAGCAAAUUUGUAGUUCAGUUUAAACCACAAAUUAAAUUUUAUAUUAGGCAUUGAAA